AUGCCCCCCCUGAGGAGACAGCCCGCCUUCGGGGACCUCCACCCAGCCAACAGGUCCCCAGACACCCCUACCAUCGUCCUCGGCUCUCGCAGGCCCUCCCUGGGCUUUGAAAUCUCCACAGUCCCCCUGCUGAACCAUCCCAAACCUCCUCGGCGCUUUCUGCAGUCCGACUAUCCUUCAUCAGCAGGCCCGAGCGACCUGCAGCCCUCCCACCCUAUGGUUCGCGAGUACACAUCGAUGGGCUGGAGUUGUCACCCAUUGUCCCCGCCCUCGCCUGUCGAGUCCCCAAAGAGGCCAGACGGGCUGCCCUUGGGCGAAAAUGGACUCGAGAGGACAAAGAAUGGCAAUUCGAAAUCACCAUGGCACAUGAUGACCCAAUCACCCCACCGAGCGUCCCCUGUUUCUAGCUCCAUACGCGACCCCGGACCCGCUCCCCAGACCUCUCUUCCAGAGCCAGCGUCUCGCGCAAUCAAUCUGGGACAUACAGCCUGGCCCUCUAUAUCCUCCGAUGGAUUGUAUUCCCCUGUUUGUGGCACACCAUCCCAUAGCAACCGCUCUUCCCUCUCCGCCCCUGGGUCCAUGUCGGACCAUGGAGACAUCCAAAUAAUGCGAGCGACCAGCGCGCAAAUGCAGGUUCGCCCACCCAUGACAUUUCUCGCAAAUGCCUCGGAUGUGUCCAUUCUGGCACCUUCCUCGCUGGGUAUAGGAUAUGCCUCUUCAAUAGAAGACUCGCCCGGGAGUCUGCCAGAGAGCUUGGAGGCCGAGUGUGUGGAUUUGACCGAGAGUGGGUUAAGGGUGUCACAAGCGAGCAACAAGACAGACAAGCGGUCGUCCUGGCAGAGCCGCAGUCCGUCUCCCGACACUGUCGAAGCUCUCACCGCUGUCGCUGGACAGCCGGCCGAGGCGUCCCAAGCAGACGUCAUCUCGCGAAAUGCCCACUUUAUUCCCCCGGCACACCAACAGGGUGCUCUACAAAUGAACACUGGUCCGAGACUGAAAAGAGCGCACACUUAUGAUAAUCUGAAAACCGUCUAUGCUCUGGCGUCUUUUCCCGGAGGACCUAUUGAAGUCCAGCCCCAGCUAGAGCCCCCGGCAGACAUGACCCCACCAAGGCUCGGUACGCCCAUCGACCUCGCCCCUCGUUCUGCAUCCUCAUCCCGCACCUCUGCUGAACCCAGCAUGUUUCACUCUCCUCCUCGCCGAUCGUAUGCCCCCUCUUUCCGUCCGGUAUCCCUGUGCUCCCCUUCAGAUGCUAUCGAAGAGCUCCUCCCGGUCUCGCCCUUCCAAUCGCCCGAGACUCUUAAUCGGAGCAAAGGCAAACGGUCGCCAUUCCAGCAGACAAGAGAGAGUCUCAAAGGAAUCUUGCUGCCUUUUAAAGGGCGGUCUCUCAUCCAGACAUUCGACAAGGCCGAGCAUGCGCAGAUUGAUAAAAGCAAACAGUCGGCUCUCAAGUCUAGAAUUUCGGGCCCACUCGAAGUGUAUGGAAUCAAAACGGAUGUGAGAGAGAGAAAGAAGAGUGAGCGAGAAUGGCGAGAGGAAGUGUUGCGGGAUGUUGUGGGAAGGAGCCUGAGCUCGCAGUUUAGGUUGGUGGAAGAAACGAAAAGACAGUUUGGCGGGCCCGAGGGUGUGCCGAGGAUAAGCAGCGGGAGCUUCAAGUCACGACUGCCCAUUCCCGGGGCUUUGCUAGCCGGUGUCACACCCAACCCGUCUGUACCCGGAGAGAAAAUGGAUAGCAGUCGAAACCUACAAGCAGUGAUGGGAGAAUCGCCUGUGCCCCAAAAGGCUGUCGAUUUCAAAACACAAAGGCUACCAGGCAAGGGACGACCGACUUCUGCGCCUUUGCUAGCUGCUUGGUCUCCUGCUCGGCGCUCUAAAUCUGGACGUACGCUCUCAGAGCGGAUUAAUCCGUCGAUCGUGAUCAAUCAACCUUCCCCUAAACGCCAACUUGCGAGUAUGCCAGCCUCCCGCCCGGCCUCACCUUUGCCAGCUCCCAGGCUCGAGAGGAGCAAAAGCGGCAGAAUCUCUCGGAGGGCGAGUAUAUUAGACUUUUUCAAAAAGGACAAGGCCAAGGAGAGAGAGGUGCACCAGGUCUCGCCGAAAGCGAAAAAGAUGCCGAGUACUACAUUUACCAUCACGGCUAGUAUUCGAUCGUCAUUUUUGGCUCUUACAAAAAAGCACCACGUAGGCGAUCCGGCCCAGCCUCAACCCGAGGAGCGUAAAUCUCCCCGCUCUUCAAGCGCCACACCUCCCUCUACGAUCCCUCUUCGUACCCCCAUCCAUACCAACCCUGACUCUGUCUUUCGCCUGCCGCUUUCAAAGGCCGAGUCGAGUUUCGGGUUGACCUACCAUCUGCCAGAGGUGGAAGGCGGUCGGCCUCUACUGGAAGAGCUGAUGGCAAGGGAUGAAGCGUUGGGGGCGCUAGAGGGGAGAAAGAAAAACAGGGGAGAGACGUAUGGGAUGCCGGGGAUGAAUAAGGUGUUGGAGUGGAGAAAAGAUCUCGAAGAGGAGUCGUAG